ACUUUUCUUCUGGUUGCCCGAUGCUCGCCACCUGAAGCGGGCCUUGAAUUAUGGCGGCUUCUGGGCCGAUGCCGCACGCGACUGGUUUUCCAGCUGAGGGUAGAUGCAGUUAUUAUGUGGAAAAGAAGAAGCGGUUCUGCAGGAUGGUGGUGGCUGCAGGGAAAAGGUUCUGUGGUGAACACGCUGGAGCCGCGGAGGAAGAAGAUACUCGGAAAAGAAUCCUGUGUCCUUUAGAUCCAAAACACACAGUAUAUGAAGAUCAACUAGCAAAGCAUUUGAAAAAAUGUAACUCAAGAGAGAAGCCAAAACCUGAUUUCUUUAUUCAAGAUAUUAAUGCAGGCUUAAAAGAUGAAACAGAAAUACCUGAACAAUUAGUUCCAAUUUCUUCUCUAUCUGAAGAGCAGUUGGAAAACUUAAUUAAGAAAUUGAGAAAAGCAAGUGAAGGUUUGAAUUCUACACUUAAAGAUCAUAUUAUGUCCCAUCCAGCAUUACAAGACGCCCUUAAGGACCCUAAAAAUGGUGAUUCUGCAACAAAGCACCUGAAACAGCAGGCUUCUAUUUUAGGUAACAUUGAAAAAUUAAAGUUACUUGGUCCAAGAAGAUGCUUUGUUGAGUUUGGAGCGGGAAAGGGAAAAUUAUCUCAUUGGGUUGAUAUUGCCUUAAGAGAUGCUGAAAAAGUUCACUUCAUCUUAGUAGAAAAGGUGUCCACAAGAUUCAAGGUAGAUGGUAAACACAGAAAAAAAAAUUCAGUGUUUGAAAGACUUCAAAUUGAUAUUCAACACUUGUGUUUGAGCAGGAUUCCUGUGCUAAGAGAAAGAAAACUACCCGUGGUAGGAAUUGGAAAGCAUCUGUGUGGUGUGGCAACAGAUCUUGCAUUACGAUGUUUGGUUGAAACCUAUGCUGCCAGUUGUGAGGAAAGAAAUGAAGAACCUUUAGCCAAACGCAUAAAGAAUGAUAAAACAGAAAAAGAAAUUAACACUUUGGCCAAGGAAGGAAAUGAAAAAAAUGUCCCAGAGAAGUGGACCCCUGUGGCUGGCAUUGUUAUUGCACUCUGUUGUCACCACAGGUGUGAUUGGAGACAUUAUGUGGGCAAAGAAUAUUUCAGGGCUCUAGGCCUUGGAGCAGUGGAAUUUCACUAUUUCCAGCGCAUGAGUAGUUGGGCGACUUGUGGGAUGGGAAAAACAUCUUUGGAAGCCUCAGCUGUUACCGUGAAGAGGAAAGACAAUCAGAAUGAUGACAGGGAAGAACAUGAUGAUGGAGGAUAUCGAAUCACAGAUGACAGCACUAAUAGUUUGCCUGGGCUUCUUACUGUUGAAGAAAAGAAGAAAAUAGGGCAUCUUUGUAAAUUGCUGAUUGACCAAGGUCGAAUCCAGUAUUUGCAGCAGAAGGGAUUCAGUCCUGCCUUACAAUACUAUACAGACCCUCUGGUGUCUUUGGAAAAUGUAUUGUUAACUGCUUUACCAAAUCAUUCUUCAUCACCAGAAACAACUGCUUAAUGGAAAAGAAAUUUGAACAUUAUCUGUCUUCCACCAAAAAAAGUUUUUAAUUAUAUUUUUAUAUUCACAAAAAUAUAAUUUCAAUAGCAGAUAAUAUGAACUUUAAAAAAUGCUGUGGCCUCAUUGAACUUUUGAUAAUAUCUUUGUUUUUUACUUCAGAGGUCCAAACAUUAGAGAAUUCACCAAAUUCCUGAAGUAAUCCUCUUCAGCAGGGCAUCUUGAAUUAUAUUAUCCAUCUGUAUUUACAGAGAUUGGUAAAGUAGUUGAACAGUUGACUUGGUGAUCUGAAACACACACAAUACAUCAACAUGUAAUUAGCAUAUUAACUUUCUAUUUGAAUUAAUUUUGGAAAUUUAUUUUCUUUUGAUAUUAUUUAAUAUUUUUCAUUUCUCAAGUUCAAAAUGUAAUGAUUAAUUGUCACUUUGUAACAAGGGCUAAUCUAAGAAUUUGGCUUAUGUGUGAGUUUUUUUCCAUGCAGAUGCGGCAAGGACAAUUGUAACUUUCUCACAUGCAAACAAAUUCAGAUAUGUUCACAAUCAAUUAAUGAAAUCACUUUAAGAUUUCAAGAGCCAUACCUGUAUUUAUAUAUUAUCAUAAUUUGUCCAUUACAAACAUCAAAUGUGAGAUAUUUUCAAAGAAAAAAAGACUAUUUUUUUCACUUCAUUUUUUCUUGCAUAAUUAUCUAGUUAGAACUUCUAAAAAGAUACUUAUAAUUCACAAAUUAAAUUUGAAAUUUACAAAUAACUUUGGAGUUAAUUAAGUAUCUCAUAUCUUUUAUCAGGUCAUCUUUUACAUAUAUAAGUAUAAAGAGUAAGUAUGUUCUCUUCAUACUUUUUAUUUGGAAAAAUAUGUUUGGGAGAAUAAUUUGGAAUAAAGUGGAAAUUAGAUAAUGAAACCAAAAACCUUCUCACAUUUAGGCCUUAUUUAACUCAUGAGUGGUUUCUAUGCACAAGCAAAUGUUAAACCAAACAUACGGUAGACUGUUAUUCUCUUCUACAUCUUAUUCGUGUUUUGUUUCUACCUUUAUUUGUAAAAAUUGUCUUAAUUGUAGAUAUAUUUGCCAAGACAAAGAUCCAGAAUUACAAGUUUUAGAUAUUAUAAUGAUAUUCUGAGGUAACUAUUUUUAUCCUGUAGGUACAGGUUACACAAAUUGUAAAUAAGAAGCCUAGCCCAUUUUUAAUUCCUGAGUAGUUUAAUCUCUUAUGUCUUGUCAAACUGCCUCGGUUCAGAUUCCAACUCUACCACUUCUCAGUUGUGUGACCUUGGGCAUGCUACGUAAUCUCCUUGUGCCUCAAUUUCCUCCUCUUAAAAUGAGGAUGAGGAUAACAAUAAUGCCUACCUCACAAGGUUGUUGUGAGCAUCAAAUGAGAUAACACAAAUAAAAUGCUUAGAAUGGUUCCAAGCACAGAAUAAGUAGUCAAUAAAUAUUAGCUAAUAGUAUCAGUGGUAGUAAUUCAUGAAUCUAUUUUUAAUAACAUAAUAGGUAGGCUUUGAUUUUAUUAUCUCUUUGUUUAAGUUUGUUAAUGUUUUUCUCUUGUUACGAGUUUUAUGUCAAAUAUUACUGAGGUAGUUUUAUUAUUUUUUAAGUUAGUUACUCAUGCCCCCUAAUCAAGAGAACAUAAAUGAAGAUAAUACAUCAUUCAAUAAUUAACCUUAUUUUAUUGUGUCAAUGCUAAUUUGUGUCAAUAAAUUUGUUUUGCAUCAUUCAACAAUUUGUGCCCAGAAAUCAAAUAUAUUCUACAACAA